AUGGAUCCGCCGGCGGGAGCCGCCGGCCGCCUGCUCUGCCCCGCGCUGUGGCUGCUCCUGCUGCUGCCGCUGCCCGCGGACGCCCGGCUCGCCGCCGCCGCCGCCGACCCCCCAGGCGGGCCCCAGGGGCACGGAGCCGAGCGCAUCCUGGCGGUGCCGGUGCGCACUGACGCCCAGGGCCGCUUGGUGUCCCACGUGGUGUCGGCGGCUACGGCCCCGGCUGGGGUGCGGACCCGCAGGGCCGCCCCUGCCCAGAUCCCGGGGCUCUCCGGAGGCAGCGAGGAGGACCCCGGUGGCCGCCUCUUCUACAAUGUUACGGUGUUUGGCCGAGACCUGCACCUGCGGCUGCGGCCCAAUGCCCGCCUUGUGGCGCCUGGGGCCACGGUGGAGUGGCAGGGAGAAUCGGGUGCCACCCGCGUGGAGCCCUUGCUUGGGACCUGCCUCUACGUCGGAGACGUCGCGGGCCUGGCUGAAGCCUCCUCCGUGGCGCUCAGCAACUGCGACGGGCUGGCUGGCCUGAUCCGUAUGGAAGAGGAGGAAUUCUUUAUUGAGCCCCUGGAGAAAGGUCUGGCGGCAAAGGAGUCUGAACAGGGCCGUGUACACGUGGUGUAUCAUCGACCGACCACCUCCAGAUCCCCUCCUCUGGGGGGUCCACAGGCCCUGGACACAGGGGUCUCCCCAGACAGCCUGGACAGCCUCAGCCGUGCUCUGGGUGUUCUGGAGGAGCGAGUCAACAGCUCCAGGAGGAGGGUGCGCAGGCAUGCUGCUGAUGACGACUAUAACAUCGAGGUCCUCCUGGGCGUGGACGACUCUGUGGUCCAGUUCCAUGGGAAGGAGCAUGUGCAGAAGUACCUGCUUACCCUCAUGAACAUCGUCAACGAAAUCUAUCACGAUGAGUCCCUGGGGGCCCACAUCAAUGUCGUCCUGGUGCGGAUAAUCCUGCUGAGCUACGGGAAGUCCAUGAGCCUCAUUGAGAUUGGGAACCCCUCUCAGAGCCUGGAGAAUGUUUGCCGCUGGGCCUACCUCCAGCAGAAACCAGACACUGAUCACGACGAGUACCACGAUCACGCCAUAUUCCUCACACGGCAAGACUUUGGGCCCUCGGGCAUGCAAGGCUAUGCUCCUGUCACUGGGAUGUGCCACCCGGUCCGCAGCUGCACCCUGAACCACGAGGACGGCUUCUCCUCCGCGUUCGUGGUGGCCCACGAGACUGGCCAUGUGCUGGGCAUGGAGCACGACGGGCAGGGCAACCGCUGCGGUGACGAGGUGCGGCUGGGCAGCAUCAUGGCGCCCCUGGUGCAGGCGGCCUUCCAUCGCUUCCACUGGUCCCGCUGCAGCCAGCAGGAGCUGAGCCGCUACCUGCACUCCUAUGACUGCCUGCGGGAUGACCCCUUCACCCACGACUGGCCGGCGCUGCCCCAGCUCCCCGGGCUGCACUACUCCAUGAACGAGCAGUGCCGUUUCGACUUUGGCCUUGGUUACAUGAUGUGUACCGCGUUCCGGACCUUCGACCCGUGCAAACAGCUGUGGUGCAGCCACCCUGAAAACCCCUACUUUUGCAAGACAAAGAAGGGGCCGCCCCUGGAUGGGACCAUGUGUGCGCCUGGCAAGCACUGCUUUAAAGGACACUGCAUCUGGCUGACACCUGACAUUCUCAAACGAGAUGGCAACUGGGGUGCCUGGAGUCCCUUCGGCUCCUGCUCGCGUACCUGCGGCACAGGUGUGAAGUUCAGGACCCGUCAGUGCGACAACCCACACCCAGCCAACGGGGGCCGCACCUGCUCGGGCCUUGCCUACGAUUUCCAGCUCUGCAACGCGCAGGACUGCCCUGAUGCGCUGGCUGACUUCCGCGAGGAGCAGUGCCGGCAGUGGGACCUGUACUUCGAGCAUGGUGACGCUCAGCACCACUGGCUGCCCCACGAGCACCGGGACGCCAAGGAGCGGUGUCACCUCUACUGUGAGUCCAAGGAGACUGGGGAGGUGGUAUCCAUGAAGCGCAUGGUGCAUGACGGGACACGCUGUUCCUACAAGGACGCCUUCAGCCUCUGCGUGCGUGGGGACUGCAGGAAGGUGGGCUGUGACGGGGUGAUCGGCUCCAGCAAGCAGGAGGACAAGUGUGGUGUGUGCGGAGGGGACAACUCACACUGCAAGGUGGUCAAGGGCACGUUCACGCGCGCACCCAAGAAGCUUGGUUACAUCAAGAUGUUUGAGAUCCCGGCAGGAGCCAGACACCUGCUAAUCCAGGAAGCAGACGCCACCAGCCAUCACCUGGCCGUCAAAAACCUGGAGACGGGCAAGUUCAUUUUAAAUGAGGAGAAUGACGUGGAUCCCAACUCCAAGACCUUCAUCGCCAUGGGUGUGGAGUGGGAGUACCGGGAUGAGGACGGCCGGGAGACGCUGCAGACCAUGGGCCCCCUGCACGGCACCAUCACUGUGCUGGUCAUCCCGGAGGGGGACGCCCGCAUCUCGCUGACCUACAAGUACAUGGUCCAUGAAGACUCGCUCAAUGUGGACGACAACAACGUCCUGGAGGACGACUCUGUGGGCUACGAGUGGGCCCUGAAGAAGUGGUCGCCCUGCUCCAAGCCCUGCGGUGGAGGGUCCCAAUUCACCAAGUAUGGCUGCCGCCGGAGGCUGGACCACAAGAUGGUGCGCCGAGGCUUCUGCGACUCCGUCUCAAAGCCCAAAGCCAUCCGCCGGACCUGCAACCCACAGGAGUGCUCCCAGCCCGUGUGGGUCACAGGCGAGUGGGAGCCGUGUAGUCGGAGCUGUGGGCGGACAGGCAUGCAGGCUCGCUCCGUGCGCUGUGUUCAGCCGCUGCACAACAACACCACCCGCUCCGUGCACACCAAGCACUGCAAUGACGCUCGACCCGAGGGCCGCCGGGCCUGCAACCGUGAGCUGUGUCCUGGUCGGUGGCGGGCCGGAUCCUGGUCCCAGUGCUCAGUAACCUGUGGGAAUGGCACUCAGGAACGGCCGGUGCUCUGCCGAACUGCGGACGACAGCUUCGGGGUCUGCCGGGAGGAGCGGCCUGAGACGGCAAGGAUCUGCAGGCUCGGCCCCUGUCCCCGGAACACCUCUGACCCCUCCAAGAAGAGCUACGUGGUCCAGUGGCUAUCCCGACCGGACCCCAACCCGCCAGUCCAGGAGACCUCGUCAAAGGGCCGCUGCCAAGGUGACAAGUCAGUGUUCUGUAGGAUGGAAGUCUUGUCUCGCUAUUGCUCCAUCCCAGGCUACAAUAAGCUGUGUUGCAAGUCUUGUAAGCUGCACGACAACCUCACUGAUGUGGACGACAGGGCAGAGCCACCCUCCGGAAAGCACAAUGACAUCGAAGAGCUCGUGCCCACCCUUCCAGUGCCCACUCUAGUCAUGGAGGUGCAGCCUCCGCCAGGUGUACCCCUGGAGGUGCCUCUCAAUACUUCCAGCACCAAUGCCACCGAGGACCACCCAGAAACCAACGCUGUGGACGUGCCCUACAAAAUCCAUGGCCUGGAAGAUGAAGUCCAGCCACCCAACCUGAUCCCUCGACGACCGAGCCCGUACGAAAAGACCAGAAACCAAAGAAUCCAGGAGCUCAUUGAUGAGAUGAGGAAGAAAGAGAUGCUCGGAAAGUUCUAAUAAAAUGGAAAGAUAGCAUCAGUAGCUUUUUUUUUCUUGCUUAUAGAGAUAUUCCAUGGCAACUCCUGUGUUGUGGAGAUGAAGUCAGAUUCCUGACUCCAAAAGGUUUUGAGGAAACAAAGAAGGAGAAUAAUGUAAAUAUAUAGGUAUAUUUACAUUACACACACACACACACACACACACACACACACAGUUGUAAGCAUGUGGCAACUAGGUUGGUACCUAUGUUUCCUAGUCCUGGAAUGUUCUAAGUCCUCUACUGGGGUUGGGUGUGGGGUAAAGAGGAAUAUGGAGGCUCUACACCUCCCAUCAAUGAGGGACAGCAGGAGGGAGAGAAAAAACCUUUGCCCCAAGUUUCUGAGCAGUGAUUGCAAAUCUUUUCCUUGCAGUGACAACCCCACUGGAGAUGCAGGACAGUUCCUACCAAUCUCCAGGUUGAGGUACGAGACCCAUGGGGCUCUUAGAAGAAACAGUGAUUUAUUUACUAAGUGACCAGUCAUUAAGAUGAAUGCAGUGAAGUGGAGGUCAUGAAUUCCAGCAAACUCCAGUACUGGAGGUGGUGAGGCAGGUGGUGUGGAUGAGUGUGGUCACCAGCUGGCACUCCCAGGCGCUCACACCUCUCUUUUCUUCACUAACCUUGGCCUUGCUUGUCACUUCUGGCCAGCCUGGCCUCGGGCCUGAGGCUCCCCAGAGAGACUCUGCUUCCUCAAGUCACUGGAAGGAUAAGGGAGGCAUGCACUCUGCUGGAAAAUCCAGGGAGUGGUCAGGGGUUGUUUUUCUAUGUGUGAACAUGUAGUUUAAACUUCCUGAAAUUACAGGACCAAGCACAUUAGCUCCUUAGCCGGGCCUAGCCUGACAUGUAAUUCUUAAGGUUUUCAUGUCCAGGAAAAUUUUCAAGACUUGGUAUUCUCACCAGUCAUAGAUCUUAGAGAACUCUUUCUUGUUCCAUUCCCCAUUCUGUGGAUGAAAAUACUGAGGCUCAAGAUAAUACCACGAUGUUUGCUUUUUGAGUUUUGAGGUGCUAAAUACCUUUAUCUGAACCCGUGUGUGUGUGUGUGUGUGUCUCUGUGUGUGUCUAAGGGACGGGUUACAGUUCUAGCAAACAGUGAGGGACAGGUGGGAUGACGCCCAACCAUCACACGGCUGAGGACCAGCCUCGCCGUCUCCCCAGCACAGCCCACCUCCCUCCCUGCUGCCACCACAUUCCACACUUUCCCAUACGUGUCCUCUUAGGCGCUUGCUGGCUCCUAAGAACCAAACUGCAGGAAAUAUUUCUGAAUAUAUAUCAUUAGUAUCACUUCUGUAACAAGAUGUAGUGUGAAGCACUUCUGCAACCCCACCUCUCUAUUAGGAAAUAGACCCACGGCUUUCCUCCAUUGGCUGAACGCAUGGCAACUGGUGCUACUCACAGACUGAAGGGCUGGGCAGUGCUGGCUGGGGUCUGCUCUAGAAUGUUGAGGAAGCUCUGGACUAGCUCUAGCCAGAGUAUUACUCAGUUUACCUUUCUUGGGAGCCACAGGAUGGGAACGCUCCGUUCUCAUAUCUCAGCAGAGCAGGGCUAUGUGUCUUGAAGGCUGGAAGCCUUUGGGGAGACCCCCCAGGUGGGACACUCCCAGGGAGAUCUGUCUUUUGCAGCAGGAAGAAAGAUGCCCUCUGGGAACUAUAGACCAUGUGGCCGUGGCUCAACAUGCCAUACUUAAUGCCUUGGGCCAUAUAUCCACAGACUUCUCUGGAUAAGAUGGUCCUCAGAGGUCUCUCUAAGAAGGCAGUGUUCACCUGCUCUGAGACACUGUAAGUUUCCGCUGAGCUUAAGGCGGUCGGACAGCUGGCUUAGCAACAGUCCUGAGCUUCCAGAGAGGCUCCUGCAGCCUGAGGGAGGCAGAGGCAGUCUUUGAGCCAAGGCUUCCUAACACCAGGUUGAGAUUCAGAGGUCCUCUUUGUCCACUGCUCUGGAAAGUCAGCUGAGGGGCCCAAGAGUCAUUUCAUGUUUGUGCGAAGACUCAUGCUAGAGUUUUGGGACCUGGCUCUCUCAUCUACUCCUUUUGGAAAACCCAUGGAACUUCACGUAUAAGCCUUUCAUAUGUACUUUAAGGUUUUUUGUUUGUUUGUCUGGAGUAUACAAAUGGUGCUCAAUAGCAAAGUCUUUAUCCGAUGAAGCAUUUUGACUAUGUACUCCCUGUCUGACAGGCAGCUGUCGCAUGGGUUAUUCUGGUGCUGAACUCAAUCACAGCGUUUUUAUCUCUCUGAUGACAGCAAUCAAUACAUUUGUUUUCUGUAGAGUAA